AUGGCGGGAACGCUUUCUCGAUUCUUCACGUCGACGUCGACGUCGGGGGCGUUCGCACAUAUCCGCAACGAUGCAAAAUUAUUACAUCACUCCCAGAAUUUAUAUAAUCAAAUUCUUCCAUCAGCUCCAUGCAUUAAUACAAAUGAGAGCAAUGCACGUAGUGAAGAGAAUGAACCGGAUAAAAUUUGGGCUUUAGUGGCAGUUGUAGCCACCGGAAUGACACAAGAAAUUCAUCAGGAAAAGGAACAAGAUGGGAGAAAUAACGAGAUGAUAUUGCAAUGGCAUUUGGUCCAAUUAUUAGCUGAGGCAGGUGUCGGAUUGCAGGAGUUUCUACUUUAUUUUACAAGUCUUUUUAACCGUUUACUACUGGAUCCAGACCUCUUAACAGCUACGACGUUACUUAAAGAAGAAUUUACAAUUGCUACUCUAUUAUUUGAGAAAUAUUGUGUCAUUCAAGAGUCUUUUUCGACCUUGGAGACAAGUAAUCAAUCCCAAUUAUCGAUUGAUCCGGAACCGGAACAUUUCGUAGCUAAUCAAGAACAAAAUAAGGAUCUCAAGAGACGUACACGUCAUCACACAUUAUUUGAAGGAGGCUGGUUAUUGUUUCUACUGGCAAAACAAAGAUUAGGGGAUCAUUAUGCCGGACUAGGACAACUUUACCAUUUACUGCUAGCAACGCUGCAUUUGGUCAUUGUCAAUUCUCAAGUGUCACAUGUGACAGUAGAGGCAGAGGUGGCUGCAGCGUUGAGUGCAAUGGGAGCUUUAGGAAAUGAAAAAGUGACACCGGUUAUACCUGAAACGAGCGAGAAAAAGAGUGCACAGAUAUUGGAAGCUCUGUGUGCAGCACCGAAAGUUGAUCCGAUGGACGUCUUACGUGCUUCUGAACAUUUGAAACUUGUACUUCAACAAUUGAGAGAGGAGGGUGUUUUGCAGAAGGAACCAGGGGAACAUACGAUGUUGAGUAGGACACUUUUUGCUGACGCUGUGCUUGAAGCAAACGUGGCACUGUUGUCGGAGAAAUACAAGGAAGACUAUCUUGAUGGCUGUGGCAAGCUGGAUGAGCGUUUUUAUCUAAAUGCUCACGUUCGACGUGUUAUUAUGGGACCAAAUCUAGCUGUACGAACAGAUAAUGAGACUGGUGACUCCAAUUCGAAUACAACGUCGAGUGGCACGUUGAAAACUAGCCGAAGUACUACACAUAUCAUGUCAUCCCCUGUGCGACGCAAUAUAAUGGCUCGGCGACGAGACAGUAGUUCUACUCCAGUAACGAGAGAAAUGAUGACACCACCUCGACAUCGCCAACAACAUGGUCGAGGAAAAAACUCGCCGUUGAUGCAUUCGUGGCAAUGGCAAGGUUCACCCGGAGAAAUGCGGUUCUUUCCGGCAGGUGCAAGUCCUCGCCCAUCGCCUAACUUUAUGCGUACGCCAGUCACUUCGGCAGUAGAGACAAACAACUGGGUGCGUGAAACUUUGUCAAGCACAAUGUUGACGCCCGUAACGCUACAGCUGCGUCAAUUCUUCUCCGACUGUGCAAUGGACCCAACAGAGCGCAUCACGCACGUUUUGCACGAACAAUCUGAGUUACUGCUUGCAGCUCGAAAUACAGGCCGAGUUACGUUAGGGAGCAUGCGCUCAACAACGGCGAUGGCCAUCGAUGAUGACCACGAUGACGAUGCAAAUGAAAGUGGUAAUUCACAGAACGCAUCUUUCUCAUCUGGCGUGGAUGACAGUCUCAAACGGACGAAAAAUUUGACUGUUGUUCUCUUUUAUCGAGUGCUAGAGCCAUUGCUGAUGUCAGAGCGCAAGCGACUACGCAACAAAGACUUCUCCAAGCUGCUAAACAACAAAGUGUUUCUCGCAGCGCUAUUUGCAUGUAGCGCUGAGGUGGUGCUCAAAGCGCACUCGCUCAUCACAAUUUCGUACCCGUUCCUGCUCCAGCAUUUGCACGUGAAUGCUUUUCAUUUUGUCACUACAAGCGAAAGCUUCGUCAAGUACGCACCGAAUCUCCCUUCUGCCUUGAAGAAGCACAUGGGCGAUGUAAAAAACCGAAUUCUAGACUCUCUCGUGUGGAAAUCAGACUCCGCGCUGUAUCAGCUUCUUUCUGGAGCUCGACAUCAUUCCGCCUCUGGUCCUGCACCUGUGAGCUUGACGGAUCGUUUAAACGGGCAAGUUAGUACUUCUACCAUCGGUGCAGUUAGUCAUGCGCCUGUGCUUCGCCUCUUUUACCGAAUGGUGCUUUCACGCGCAGCUUCCAGGGUUUACCAACUCGGCAAUAUAUUGGGCUUGGAUUCGACGGAUCAAAACCAAAUCUGGACUGCUGUGAAGGAGUGCAUCGUGUCGCACCAGUGCCUCCUGAGAGACCGUCACCUGGACCUGAUAGUGUUGUGCAAUAUUUAUGCUGUGUGCAAAGUGUCACGGGGCCCUACUGUUUCGAAGGCGGCGGCGACCAUGUCCUUCAAGCGCUUGUUGGCGUGCUACAAACAGCUUAAUCAGCGAAUUCCAACUGGCACAAGUGCAAGCACGGAAGGUGUGACGCACGGCAUCAUACUAGAGAACGAGAAUUCGCGUGGUGAUAUUAUCAAGUUCUACAAUCGGUGCUACAUCACGCCGAUGAAGGUCUUUAUUCUGCAAUUUCAGUACCAAGAGUCGCAAAUGGCUGCGGCGGAUGCUGUUGUUGCUGAGGCGUCAGGGACCCUCCAGGUGCUCACGCCAGGGUUUACAUCUAGCAACGGUGCAAUGGGCUUAGCGGCGUCUACUUCUGAUGCUGAAAGUAUUGCCCAAGCAGCGUCAGAAGCCGUUCAGAAAAUUUUUCAAGGGCAUAGUAACUCUUCCAACCCAAUCAGUGACAGAAGUAGCGUACUUCUCAGCACACCACCUCGUCCCAUUCGUCAUGGCGCGCGAUCAUCGCCUUUUGUGUCGUCACCGGCUGUUUCAGCACUGCAGAUGUUCACCUCGGCUGAAGUGCAAACACUGCCUGUAUCAAUGAAUCAAACAUCACCAAAGCGCGUCAAGUCCACGAACGUGUUCAUGUCUCCGUUGCAACAAGUACGCUUGGAUCGGCGCUCGCAGUUGACGCCGCGCUCCCACGCUCUUUACGCGAUUGGCGAGAGUCCUGCACGGGACCUAGCUUUGAUCAACCGUGCAGUGAACACAGCACCUGCUAACCUGCGGCGGACCCGUGCGCCGAACCUUGUAAUGGAUAGCGAUAAUGAACCAGAAGACACGAGCACCAGUUCAGAUGUCACUCCAGUUCGUAAGAGACACAAGACAGUGUCGUAA